AUGGUGUUUGAAUCGCAGAGUCAAGCCCAGCACACAGAGAGGCAGAUAAAGGCAGAGUUUGAGAAGCUCCACCAGUUCCUGCGUGAGGAAGAGGAGGCCAGACUAGCUGCACUGAAAGAGGAAGAGGAGCAGAAGAGUCGGAUAAUGGAGGAGAAGCUAGAACACAUCAGUGGAGACAUCUCCAUCCUUACAGACAAAAUCACAGCUCUAGAGACGGCCAUGGAGACCGAAGACACCUCCAUUUUAAAGAGCUACAACAACAUCAAGGAAAGAGCCCAGUGCACACUGCAGGACCCAGAGCUGCUCUCAGGGGCGCUGAUAGACGUGGCCAAACACCUGGGCAACCUGACGUUCAGAGUCUGGGAGAAGAUGCUGGGGAUGGUGCAGUACACUCCUGUGAUGAUGGACCCUAACACUGCACAUGCCUAUCUCUCUCUCUCUGAUGAUCUGACCACUGUGAGACACACAGGUACAGCGCAGAACUGUCCUGACAACCCAGAGAGAUUUUACUACUAUGUGUUUGUGUUGGGAUCUGAGGGGUUUACCUCAGGGAAACACAGCUGGGAGGUGAAGGUUGGGAAUAAACGUCAGUGGGAUGUAGGAGUGGUGAAAGAGUCCACCAACAGGAAGGGAGAUAUCACAUACAGCCCAGAGGAUGGACCCUGGCUCAUAAGGCUGAGGAAUGGUGAUACGUACAGUGCAGUAGGAGGUACUGACCUCACACUGAAGAGGAAACCCCAGAGCAUCAGGGUGCAGCUGGAAUAUGACAGGGGGGAGGUGUCCUUCUUCAACUCCAGUGACAUGUCACUCAUUUACACUUUUAAACACACAUUUACUGAGAGGGUGUUCCCAUUCUUCUCUCCCUGUUUGAGAGAUGAUGGUAAGAACGAUGAGCCCCUGACAAUCUGCCCAGUGAAAGUCUCAGUAACAGUGACGUCAUCCCAGUGA